UAUUCGCUCUCUUCCGUUUCAAUCACCGAGCGAGACACACGGGUACUCACGAGCAGUAAACAAAGACGUGAAAAACUAGUCACUACUUCCUUUUUACUCUUUAAGAUUUUGUGAAUUAGUUAUUUCCGAAUAUAAUUGAACACGCUACAGGAUUUGUGGCAGCAAUUAAAAUAGCUCUACACUAAUCUUGUCUAUCCUACAAGUUACUCAUUGAACUCCUAUCAAGACAUUAUGGACUCCAUCAAAAAAGUUAGAAGAUCAGAAGGGCCAAGAACCAAACAAGCCCAACCAAAAUCCCCUAGUGACAAAAGCCCUCCUUCCAAAGUUCCAUCAAGGGAUUUGUCUCCUAAAGAUAACCUAUUAGAUGAUCCUAUCUCUGUCCAGAUUCCUGAAGAGUUGCCCUGUCAUAGACCAGACGAGUGCACUAGAGGCGUGACAAGAGGAUCCUCGAGAGAAAGACGCCUGAUUGCAGAAAUCCAAGAACCUGUCCCUAGUGACAGUGAUGAGUCUCUUGUAAAUCACCUAUCCCAUGUUGAAUCUGCUCCAAAACAGUAUAGAAUUGGGGACACAUUAUUGUAUUUUCUGCUCCAUCCUCACACCAUCCCACCUAAGACCUUCAAAUCCUCUAUGGAACUUUGGUGGAAUGAUAGAUGGGUUAGAUUAAUAGACCCUCCAGACUCCCUCACCCUUGCUCAUUUCUACCAUUGUAUACCUGACACGGCUACUAAUAUGGAGGCUAAAGAUGCCGUUACCAAAGCAGGCAGGAUGCUAUAUACAGCCCGGUUAAAAAGACAUGAUUUUAAGGCAGAUCCCAUCAGAUUUGCAAGAGAACAAGCAACUUUAUCUGUAGCUGGGUCAGGACAAUCGGCCAAACUAGAUUUGGAAAAGAAGAUAGCCAAGCUUGAUUUGGUUAUUAAUAAAUUUGAGGCUACAGCGGAGGCAUUUGUUGAUUCAUUAGUUGUAUUGCAGAGACUUAUUAAUAGGAAAGCAGAACUGUCCAGAUCUGCCAUAACAGAUGGGAUACAUAACUUUAAACACAUAAUGGAUAAAACUGUCAGUGGAUUUGAUGAUGUUCAAUGGACGCCUAUCGGACAACUUCGACCAAGAAGUCCUGAGCCAAGCACGUCUGCCGCUGUCAGAAGCGAACCACCACCUCCUAUGAAGUCUGAGCCCAAAACAAAAAGGGUGUACUCAAGACCUAAAUGACACUGUGGAUUACAAAACAAUCAUGUAAUAAAAGAUCCUAAAAGCUCCCUAAAGCCUUAUCUAAAGGCGAAUAAAACAUGAUAAUUUUUUUUGUACAUUUAGAAAGUAGUAUAUUUACUUUAU